AUGUUUAUACCUUUGCCUCCUACCCUAAAUUUUUUUAUUGCUUCUUCUUCCAAAUUUUUUUUCUCCCUCCCCUCCUCAAUGACCCCACCCUCACAUUUUGGAAACCCUCCACCCAACCCCUGUGGCAUUCAGGGCAUGGGAAUUGGGUCACCUCUGCCAUUCUGUGGAUGUUAUUGGUCUCUCAACAAAGUUUCAUCACUGUCUGUCUUUCUACUCUCUCCCCUCACCUGCCCAUUUCCUCAUCACUUCAACUCCCCGCCCCUAAUUUUACUGAUGUCUAUGUCAUAUCAUCCUUUUCCUACUUUUGUCUGCUUGGUAUUGUCAAUAUUUAUACCAUUGAAACAGCCACUUUGUUGGAGAUUUUUUUUUCUCUGCCCCCCCCCCCCUCUCACCUUUCCUUCUGCACUCGCUCUCUCUCCUCUCUUUUCUCUCCCUUCUCUCUCUUUCCCUUCCCUCUUUUCCUCCUCCUUUUCUCUCCUUCACUCUUCCUUCCCUUCUCUUUUUCCUUCUCCUUCCUCCCUCUCUCCCCUUCCUGUUUUCUUUGUAUUCCCCUCCCUUUUUCCUCUUACUUUUAUUUCCCCCUUUUUAUAUAUAUUCUGA